AUGGUGAUCAAAUGCGAGAAGACGCACGGCGAGAUGAUGCAGCUCUAUCGCGAACAAGCGAUGUUCUCGUUCAAACAUGGACAUGUAACUGUUCUGGUCGCCACGAUGAAGCUCUGCGGACGAGGGAUCAAUGUCCAUGGUGUGAGCUCGCUCAUUUUCUCGGAUCUGGCAGACACGUUGGCUGAAUACAAGUCCUGCUUGGGUCGUGUCGGACGCGUGGGAUACAAGGCUACAACCAUAGCCUUUUAUCAAGAUUUCUCCGGUGUCAUGGACGAAGAACUAUUGUUGUUCCUACAGAAGAACAGGCAAACAAUUCCUCCAGGCAGGGUUGAGGCCUUUUCGCCGUACUCGAGCGAUGAUAUGUGGGCGCAUUACCCUGAAGCAGCCGCGAGAAUAGUCGCAGACUCCGACGCUGGGCCGGGUUGGGGUACUGCAAUGGAUGCUUGGGGCGCUGGUAAUGCAUCUGCAGACACGGUCGAGGGAGUUGAUGCUACUGGAAACGACGCUGGACAGGAAUGGGGUGCUACAAACAAUGCCUGGGUCUCACGUUGA